AGUUUUUAGCCGUCCAUUACAGUUUGUUUUAACAUUUUAUUGGUUGCCCAUAACAGUUUUUCUCUGCCACAUUUAUAUUGAUACCGGCUCUUACUUUAGAUAUCGCCCCUUUUCCAACGACCUUAUUGGAGAAGAGAGAACUUAACAUAAAAGAGACUGUAUUAUCAAAACUUUUACAGUAAAAAUAUGGCUGACCGGCUACAAACAGUUUUCGGCGAGUGCACAACCCACCAAAAUACGCGGCACGAAAUGAAAGGUUUGGUGGAUAGAAAGCCGCGCACUGACCUAGCAAAACCACGUGACAUUAGUGGCAUAGCAAAACCACGUGUUACGGCCAAAGAGGAGACUGAAGCUAUGGACUGGGAACAGACCGAGCCGGAUAUUGACGACAAUGAUGAUCCGGACGUAUGUGGAGAGUACUGUAAAGAGAUCUUUAAAAACGAGUCUGCGAUUAGAGAACAUAAGUGGGUUAUGGCUGCAAGGUUACAAGACAUCGCCACGUUGAGGGUAGGGUGUGUGGAUUGGUUAACUGAGGUGUGUUUCACUUGGAAACUAGCGACAGACACCUUCUUCACCGCUGUUUUAUACCUAGACAAGGCUCUCAGGACUCUGGAAUAUUCUCUGGAUGAUAUACAACCUCUCACUGGAACCUGUCUCUUUCUUGCUGCCAAGAUGGAGGAAGUACAAGCGAUCCCAAUAGACGAUAUCGUAGAGAUAGCACCAGGAACCUCAGUUGCUGCCAUUAAAUCCUACGAGAAGAAGAUACUGGUAGCUCUUAACUAUGAAAUGGUAACGCCUCACUUGAUGCUGUUUGUAAGAAGGUACAACAGUAUUAGCGGCACUAACAUGGAGACACACAACAUCUCCAAAUAUCUCUCCACCUUGGUCGUCAGGUAUCAGGGUCACUGUUCGGGACCUCAAAGUAUGUUGGCUGCAGCAAUCUGUUUCUUAGCCAGAAGAAUAAUGGGAUACUCAGAAGCGGAAGCUUGGUCAAGCAAACAAACCACUUACUCUGGAUACUUACUGGAAGAGAUCAAGAUGGCAGUAUACUUUGUGAGUCAUGCUCUGUUCAAUGCGAACAGGAGAGCAGCUGAGCACAGCAGGAACUCAGACAAGGUUACCACCGCUUACAGGGUUUUCAACCAACGCAAAUUCCAAUACAUCUGCACCAAGCCAUGUUUGAGACAGAAAUUUGUGGAGACGUAUGGUCUGCUAAACGUCAUCUCAUUAGAAAAAUGCUAAAACUUAACCAUGUAACCAUGUAACACUUUUUUCUCUUGAAUCAAGGGACAAAUAUUUCCAAAAUUAAGAUUCUAAACUAUAUUAUAAUUAAUGACACCAACCGACACAUGACUGACCUGUAAUCAAUAGAGAUUGCAAUUGGAAUGGAGAACUGACGAGUAACAUUUGACCAAUUUUUAAUUUAUAUGUGUUUUUUAAUACUUUUAUUGGGAGUUUUCAGAGAUUAGUUGUCAUAUAAAAUAAUUCUUUUAUCUAUUUAUUUACUUUUCAUUUGAUUUAAAAUAAAUCACAAAAAUGAAGUUACUGGUGUUUAUGUGACCGUUUUUAUUUUGUUUCCAAAUUAAAUAAGCGUAAUUUUAGGUUGUUUUGAUUCGUGAUUAUUAUCGAUAAUGUAUAAAUUUGGAAAUGCUAACGGAACCGUGUGAAUAAAUAAAAUUCCAUUGUGAUUUACCAAUUUAUUUAAAUUUAUUUUUAUUUAAUUUUAUUUAAAAAUCUCACUCUUUGGUUAUGACAUUGUUUAAAUUCUGAUAACGCCUAUCAUCAAAUAAUAAUUUCAUUCCACGCGAUUAUCCAAUCGAAAUUAAAAACGUAAAGUAAAUAAUAAACAUAUUAUUUUGAUUUUGUCGUCUUGCCAAUGCCAAUAUUAACCACGAUUAACUUAUAAUACCUCAACUUUUAC